CUGUCACUCUGCACUCACGAUGCGUCCAAUGAGAGCACGCGGCAGGCGAUACAAACUGGCAGCCGCCAUGUUGUGUCUCCGGGGGCCAGGAGGAGCGACGUCCGGUAGUAAACAGUAGAUGACGUUACCGCCCGCUCGGCUCUUCACGGGAAACGGACCGCAGCUGGAAGCCAUGAGCCGUCCGUCCUCAGCCGGAGCCGGAGGUGGAGGACUCGGGGCCGGGAAAGCAGGCGGAGGAAAGCACGGGGGAUCGGGAGGCGCUGGCGCCGCAGCAGCAGCCGCGGCCGCAGCAGCGGUAGCCGCCGGCGUGAGCUCCGUGGCCGGGUCGGGGUCUGCUGCCCCUUCCGCCACCGUGUCCCUCGCCGCGGUCGGCCUGCCAGGGCAGUCCCCGGAGCUCACGGCGCUGUUCGAGUGUCCGGUAUGCUUCGACUACGUCCUGCCGCCCAUCCUGCAGUGCCAGGCGGGUCACCUGGUCUGCAACCAGUGCCGCCAGAAGCUGAGCUGCUGCCCGACCUGCCGAGGCCCGCUCACCCCGAGCAUCCGGAACCUGGCCAUGGAGAAGGUGGCGUCCACACUGCCGUUCCCCUGCAAGUACUCGUCGGCCGGCUGCCUGCUGGCGCUGCAUCACAGCGAGAAGCCGGAUCACGAGGAGGUUUGUGAGUUCAGGCCGUACACCUGCCCGUGUCCCGGGGCCACCUGCAAGUGGCACGGCUCUCUGGAGGCCGUCAUGCCGCACCUGAUGCACGCACACAAGUCCAUCACCACGCUGCAGGGGGAGGACAUCGUCUUCUUGGCGACGGACAUCAACCUGCCGGGCGCCGUGGACUGGGUGAUGAUGCAGUCGUGCUUCAGCCACCACUUCAUGCUGGUGCUGGAGAAGCAGGAGAAGUACGAGGGCCACCAGCAGUUCUUCGCCGUCGUGCUGCUCAUCGGCACCCGCAAGCAGGCCGAGAACUUCGCCUACCGCCUGGAGCUCAACGGCAACCGGCGCCGGCUCACCUGGGAGGCCACGCCGCGUUCCAUCCACGACGGGGUGGCGGCCGCCAUCAUGAACAGCGACUGCCUCGUGUUCGACACGUCCAUCGCACAUCUGUUCGCCGACAACGGCAACCUGGGGAUCAACGUCACCAUCUCCAUGUGCUGAGGGACGCCACGACGGAGGCGUCGCUGCGGACGUCCUGCGCCCGUCCUGCGCCGUUGGUGAGGAAAAACAUUACAAGACGUUUUAAUCGCUGAGAGAAAACUGUGCGUGGUGUCUAUUCGGUAUUUGACGAUUGGUGGGAUUGGAUUGGACGCCAAGGACAAAGUGGAAUAUAUCUCCACCAGAAGAGCCGCCGCCGCCACUCUUCACGAUGGAAAAGAAGCCGGGCUGCUGCUUCGACCGCCGUGACGCCGAAGUUCACUCUCAGAUUGUGCGCUCGGCAGGAGCGUCAGACUUCCUGUCGGCCCGACGUGUUCACAAUAUUCUCGUGUUUCCGCUGCAGACUCGACCCGACUGGAGCGCCGGCCACAGAUCCGUGUUAGUGAUGGAGGACGCAAGCUGCCAAAAUAUAAAUCAGUGAAUGACUUGAUAAAUUAAACAUUUCGGUUUUAAUUUGCUUCUUUACGUUUUAUUAAUUCUGUUUUCCUUUUUUAUUUAUUUGUAUUAAUUUGUUUGUUUUUCUUCAUUUAAAUUUGAUUUGUUUUUUUAUUCACUUCUUCAUUAAGAAAUACAGAGAAAUGCAUAUUAAUAAUAAUAUUAUAUUAAUAAGGAAAAGAUGAAUACAUUUUUUAAAAUACAAUAAAAUAAAGUUCAAACAAUAUACAUUUAAAAAGUAAAUAAAAGGGAAAAUUAAAUAUGAAAGUAAAUACAUUUAAUGUCACAUUUUUAAUGGCAUAUUCACUUAUCAAGUCAUGUCUUUAUUUUAUGUUGGCAGCUUCUGUCCAGAGUUUAAAGUCCUGUAUGUUUUAUAAAACUCAUCAUGGAGCUGACGUGUGAAACAGAAUAAUGUGAACACGUUCAUCAGAAGGUUGCAGGUUCAAAUCCCUGCAGCCGUGUCGCAGACCUUCUGCAGGUGGAGGUGAAUCUUCACACCUUCGUUGUUCUCAGAGGAGAUGGAGGAAGGAUCCUCCGAGACGCUUCCUGCUGUCUGUUUUAGCCGCCAGCGCCUUAAUUUUCUACCAACCUCCUGCUGCAGCUCUUUCUGAGGGACGGAGAGAAACUUCAGCAGAUACCUCGGACCGCAGACACGUCUGUACCUGAACCCUCGGACCUCGCCGGUGUUUCCUCUGGGUUUAACGCAACUAAACAAGUUACUGAAGGGUUCGUCAUAAGAAUAAACAUUAUAAACAAAGACGUUAAUAAAUCUAUUUAAAGGAGUCAAACUGCGAAUAAUCGGGUUUUAAAAUGCUCCUUAAAGUCCUCGGCCCCCGCCUGCACCGCCGUGCACGUCUUACUUUCUGAACACUGACUUGUUUUGGACCAGAGGUGCUUUUCCUUCUGCACACGUGUCUCUGCGCUUUCCUUCUGCACACGUGUCUCUGCGCUUUCCUUCUGCACACGUGUCUCUGCGCUUUCCUUCUGCACACGUGUCUCUGCGCUUUCCUUCUGCACACGUGUCUCUGCGCUUUCCUUCUGCACACGUGUCGCCGCGCUUUCCUUCUGCACACGUGUCUCCGCGCUUUCCUUCUGCCCACGUGUCUCUGCGCUUUCCUUCUGCACACGUGUCUCCGCGCUUUCCUUCUGCACACGUGUCUCCGCGCUUUCCUUCUGCACACGUGUCUCUGCGCUUUCCUUCUGCACACGUGUUCCUUCUGCACACGUGUCUCCGCGCUUUCCUUCUGCACACGUGUCUCUGCGCUUUCCUUCUGCACACGUGUCUCUGCGCUUUCCUUCUGCCCACGUGUCUCCGCGCUUUCCUUCUGCACACGUGUCGCCGCGCUUUCUUUCUGCACACGUGUCUCCGCGCUUUCCUUCUGCCCACGUGUCUCCGCGCUUUCCUUCUGCACACGUGUCUCCGCGCUUUCCUUCUGCCCACGUGUCUCCGCGCUUUCCUUCUGCACACGUGUCGCCGCGCUUUCUUUCUGCACACGUGUCUCCGCGCUUUCCUUCUGCCCACGUGUCUCCGCGCUUUCCUUCUGCACACGUGUCUCCGCGCUUUCCUUCUGCACACUUGUCUCUGCGCUUUCCUUCUGCACACGUGUUCCUUCUGCACACGUGUCUCCGCACUUUCCUUCUGCACACGUGUCUCCGCGCUUUCCUUCUGCCCACAUGUCUCCGCGCUUUCCUUCUGCACACGUGUCUCUGCGCUUUCCUUCUGCCCACGUGUCUCCGCGCUUUCCUUCUGCACACGUGUCUUCGCGCUUUCCUUCUGCACACGUGUCUCUGCGCUUUCCUUCUGCACACGUGUCUCCGCGCUUUCCUUCUGCCCACGUGUCUCCGCGCUUUCCUUCUGCACACGUGUCUCCGCGCUUUCCUUCUGCACACGUGUCUCCGCGCUUUCCUUCCUCGCAUCUUAUUCGGAGAAGCAGAAGCUGCUAAACGAGAAGCGCUCGACUCGUAGCGUCGGUUUUAAGCGCCGUCAGCUACUGAUGCCGUGUACGUGUCACGCCACCCGAUAGGAGACAUAACCAAAUAUUUUCCGUCUGUUCAGGACAAAGUCUCAAACUAGUUUUGUAAAAUUGAAUUGUUCAUAUUUGCCUGUUUGGGCUCGACGGCCGCGGCGGUCACUGCGGGAGAAAUAGUUCAGCUGCUCGGUCUAAAGCUGACGACUCAACGACUUUAAUCAGGAGAGCAAAGCUGGCGUUCUGAGUGACGAAGAGUUCCUUCAGCUUUUCAUUGUUACAAUUGUGGAUACAUACAGACAGACAAUGAUUUGUUUAAAAAGAGAAGAAAUGUUUUUAAAUCUGAUUCUUGCUCCGCUGCCUCGUCAUCAUCGUCGUCGUCGUCCUAAGCCCCGAGGAAACACCGCUCUCUCUCUGAUAAUCACUUCCACUUUACAACCCGCCGACUUUCUAUGAAAUGUUUUAAACGAUUACAAAUGAAGUUAUAACGAACAUUAUAUUUUCUAAAAACAAAACACUGCAACGUUUAUUGUUCGACUGUUUUUACUGUUUCUGACAUUUCGGUGUUAAUUCUGCUGCUGAAGAAAAACAAACGUUCACGUUUAACUUUUUAUUGGACAAGAAACCGUAUGGAAGCCCGGAGGGGACGCUAUUCAAAUGUAAAGUUGAACAUCAAAAUGUAAUUUUUAUAAUUUAACAUGUGCAUUAUUUAAAUAAAAAUGUUUUUCAAUAAUCCAAUUUCAUUUACAACUCGUGUGGUUUAACCAUAUUAACAUUCAUAUCUUCCUGUACAGUGGACAAUAUACAAACUUGAAAUGUAACAUUAAUGUUUCAAUUCAAAAUAAAAAUGUAAUUUUCUCACCAUUUAAUAAAUGAAAACGGCAUUUGGUAUUUAAUUUCAAAGACUUAAACAUUUGAAUAUGGUAAUACCAGUAUGAGAAGAUAAAAAAUGGAUUAUUGCAUUAAAUUUUUACUCAAAUACCACAAACGUGGAAUAUGAUAAAGCUAUUGUGGAAAUUACGUUUUAAUUUGAAUAAAGUCCCCUCUGGGCUUCCAUACUCCAGGUUUAAUUGAAUAAAGUCCCCUCUGGGCUUCCAUACUCCAGGUUUAAUUGAAUUAAGUCCCCUCUGGGCUUCCAUACUCCAGGUUUAAUUGAAUUAAGUCCCCUCUGGGCUUCCAUACUCCAGGUUUAAUUGAAUUAAGUCCCCUCUGGGCUUCCAUACUCCAGGUUUAAUUGAAUUAAGUCCCCUCUGGGCUUCCAUACUCCAGGUUUAAUUGAAUUAAGUCCCCUCUGGGCUUCCAUACUCCAGGUUUAAUUGAAUUAAGUCCCCUCUGGGCUUCCAUACUCCAGGUUUAAUUGAAUAAAGUCCCCUCUGGGCUUCCAUACUCCAGGUUUAAUUGAAUAAAGUCCCCUCUGGGCUUCCAUACUCCAGGUUUAAUUGAAUUAAGUCUCCUCUGGGCUUCCAUACUCCAGGUUUAAUUGAAUAAAGUCCCCUCUGGGCUUCCAUACUCCAGGUUUAAUUGAAUUAAGUCCCCUCUGGGCUUCCAUACUCCAGGUUUAAUCUGUCAGAAAAUAUUUGUUUCUUUAAUUAAAAAGCUAAAGAGAAAAUGUUUACGUUUGUUAUUAACCUGAUGCAUCAAACUUUAUUAAUAUUAUGUUAACACUUUAUUUAGUCUGUUAUUCAGGAACAUUCCCAUUUUGAAUUCAAAGUAAAAUAAUUAAAGGUAAAUGAGUUAUUCCACGAAAAGACAUUAAUCCGUGCUCAUGUCUGCGGCGGCAGCAGGACAAUGAGCUGAAGAAGAGUUUGUUUUAAUACUUUGUUUCUGUGAUGUUUGGAUAUUAAAUGUUUGAUUCUGUA